CGCUGCAACCCCAGUGCAGGUUCUACGGCAGGCCGUUGAGGGCAGGCGGUAUGCCUGUAACGCCAUGCACGGCACGUUAGCUGCAGAAGCUUUCUUCCCACGACAGUGCUGAAACAAACGACGAAUCAACGUAGAUGUGGUGGAAGCACUCCCAACCUCCCAGCCCAGCCCAUGCUAAACCAGCCAUUGCACAUCAAGUCCACAACCCAAGUUAAGUACCAGAUCGCGAUAAUGUUCUCCUUUCGGCUGAAGACUAUUGUAUUGUUCGCAUAUUGUGCAUCUGUAUCUGUAUCUGCCCAUAUGCCAUCGCUGUCGCUAUCUGCAGCCGGUCACUACUCGCUUUCCUGAUCAGCCGCGAAGCCAAGAGCCAAUGUCCAACCUCAGCCCGCAACAGCCUACGAACGGUCUCGCACUGAAACAUACUAACGUGUCCAAUCCGUCAAUCAUCGAACACAAACCUUCACUACAGUCUGUGACAGCGAGCGAGGAUUACUACUCGCUUUCAAACUCUGGGUCAUCAACGUACUCCGGCGACGCAGACAAGCGAGCAGGCACAGCAGGGCCGAGAAGCAGCGCAAAUACCAUCCAUCGCUUCUCAACUCCACCAAGCAGGUAUCGCACGCCGGCGCAGAGUCGGGACUUCCUACCGUAUAUUGGCGCCCCGGAGGAUGGUGCAAGUGCACAGCAGGUGGAGGGCAGAAAGACGCCUAUGAGGGGCCAAGGGAGGAGGAGGACAAGCACAGACGAACCAGCGGGCGCACAGCAUACGAUGUCAGGAGCUUCGGCGCCAAUGUCUGGACCGACGGGAGGGCUAAGAGAGGGUGGCAUUCGGCGGAAGCCGGUGCCGAGCACGGUGAUGGAGGCUGGUAGUACUUACCGCGACAGCGCUGCGAGAAGCUCGGUUGCACAAGACAUUGGUCGCGAGCCAAGUCCGCCUACACCGGAGAUAGAUGAUGCUCCAUUCAUUCGGUUUGCGCUAGACCAGCUUACGAGAGAUGAGGAGGUGCGAGGCUCGAGAAGGUAUAGAGGCCUAGGAAGUGGUCUUGAUGGCAACUAUCCUUACUUGGCUCCGGACGCAGCGGUGGCGGCGACAGCUGGUCCCGGCGCAACAGACGAUCACAGUAGUGCGCCGCUACCACUACCGGCGGAGCAGAGGGCGGCAGCGAUACCCACGCAGUUCGAGCACCGAGAACCACAACUGCCAGCAGGGACAGAACAUGGAGCACUACCUUACCCUGACAAGGAGUACGGCCCACAACCUAACCAUCCUCCGCCACGAAACCCGAGAAGAAGUGACGAUGCGUACGGCAUUCGACCUAGCACCUUACUGGGCCAAGCAGCCCCACCACAUGCACCCCAGCGACAGCAGCGACAACCGUUCGAUACUCGCUUUCUUCCGAUUUCGAGCGACAGCACUGGAUUCCACUCGUCUCUGGACUUCCUUCCUGGCAUCCUUCGGCCACUCCGCCUGAUCCUCUUUCUUCUCUUGCUGCUCGCAUACACAGCAUGCUUGCUCUUCUGCGCUAUCUGGAGUCUUCAACGUACUGGUCUCUGGAAUUACGGCGGAUUCGGCGAUGCAAGAUACUUCGUCUUCGAGUAUCUACCUACCAUCCUCGGCAUGAUCCUGUUCUUCUGGACGAUUCAGAUCGAAAUAGCUGUCUUCCGAACAGCGCCGUUCGUAGCCAUCAGCAGCGCCAGCCCGCGUGAGCGAGAGCGAGGCGCACGCCUGCCACUGGUACCACGCGGGUUCCUACUUCCAUACUUUGGACACUUCGGCGCCAAACAAACUGCAGCAGGCCUAUUCGUGGUUGUGGCUUGGCUGCAAAUCUGGACCAUACCGUUACUGGCGAGCAGCUUCAACGUGUACUUCUACGGUGCGCCAGAUACUGGACGUUGGCGGUGGAUCGCGACGCAGGGCGCAAUCUGGACUGUGAUUGCACUAUACUUGCUACUUGCCGUGGCGACGAUCACACUAUUAGGCUGGCUGAAGUUCGGGCGAAGAGUCACAGGUUUGAAGUGGGAUCCGCGCUCCUUGGCCGAUCUGGUCGCGCUUCUUGCACGAAGCAACGCCUUGGAAUUGGCAGAUGAGGUUGCCAGGGAGCCACCACAACUUGGCUACUGGCGCACAAACGCGAGGCCGAAUGAGGUCUUUCAUGCCUACGGUUACCCGGACAAAGCAGGGAGGCAAUACAGCCUAGAGGACGGACGGAUCAGGGAGAAGGUAGCCCUACCGCCACCGCGAAGCAGGUUCUCUGCAGACCCGGAAGAUGACAUUGAAGCGGGCGAUCAGCGUCACUCGCGAGAGAAGAUGCUGCCACGACCCGGCGACCACGACGAUGAUGACACUUCGCGCGGGCGACACACAGCGCUGCCAUGGUUUCUGCACCCUUCCAUGGCCGCCUUAUGGACGAUCAUCGCCAUUGUUCUCCUCCUCGCCUUUCUCAUCGUGAGCUAUCUGCCCAGCACAACUGUUCGGAACGGCUUCCUGCCGUACGUUGCGGCGCCAGUCAACACGCUGGGCUUCUCAAGCACGAACUUCUUGUACUCCUUCGUCCCAGCAUUACUAGGAAUGCUAUGUCUGCUAUGCUGGCUCGACAUCGACUACGCCUACCGGCGGCUGCAGGUGUUCGACUCGCUCAUGAAGGCUGACGGAGAAAUGGCGGAACACAGUGUGCUUCUCUCCUACGCAGCAGAAGCUCCCGGCUUGGUCACGGCGACCGCUCUCGUCAAUGGCCACUGGCGCGUGUCCCUGCUCAGCCUGGUAAGCUUGCUCGCCGCCACCCUGCCAAUUCUGGGCGGAGGCGUGUUCUGGGCUCAAUUUUACGUGGCGACGCAGCGAACCAGGAUCUCGGCGCACAUGCCGGCUUAUUACGCACUCACGGUCUUCGCGACACUCUAUGCGCUAGCGUACUUGUUCAUCUUCCCAGGACGGCGGCUGCGUCGCGCUACAGCACAUAUGGGCGGAAACACUGCGCUUUCGUUCGACGAUGUGCUGGUGCUUGUCCGCCAAAGCAGGUUACUGGACGAUCUCGCCUUUCACUCACCCACAUCGAAGACAGAUCUGGUGACGAGACUGCUGUCCGCGCCUGCCGAGGCUGGUGUUGCCCAGAAGGGCAAGAUUAGCCAGCACGAUGAAGCUGCCAUAUCGAAAGUAAGCUUGGCGGACAGCGUCAGAGGGUUCGGCAGGGCUAGGAAACAGGCGCUUGGUGGUCUCGGCGUCAUGGAAGAGGGAAGAUAUGCGCUCGGUGUCCAUCAAGGAAGAGAUGGACGGGAGUAUAUGAGCAUUGACCGGGUCAGGAAGUGAAGGCUCUGCCGAUCUGGCGGAGCACUGGUGCUUGCGUUCCGAGCGAAGGCGUUCGGGGUCAUAUACACCAUGGGUUAUGAAGCAUACUGGAAACGAGUAAUGCCCUGAAUAUGUAUACAUAGCACGGAGAUGUACGACUCAUGUGAAGGACAACCACUGUUACAGAACGUUUCUAUUUGAGUG